CGUGGAGGACCUUGUAGUCCACUAUGGCGGCGCACGAUGGAACUUUAAACUGUGAGGACUUUUCAAUGUUUCAGAUGAGCUAAAGCUACAGUGCCGGACAUAUCAACAUGUUGAUUGGCUGUAAAGGCUAGCAUGAGGGACAAGAAGCAGCUAACUAGCCACAAUGAGGAGGUUCUGAAGGUGAUGCGUAACAUAGAUGACCGUAUCGUCCAUUCUCUCAACACCACCGUGCCGACUGUCUCCUUCUCAGGCAGAGUGGACGCCUCCCAGACAUGCAGACAGCUCUAUGAGUCUCUGAUGGAGGCCCACCUGAGCAGAGACCGAGCCAUUAAGACGUGUAUAGGCCAGACCUCUGAGGUGGUGGACCAGCUGAGAGAGCAGAGGGCCAAGGACGGAGACAACAUGACAACCAUCAAACUACUCAGGAAGGAACAGACCAAGUUAAAACUCAUGCGAUCAGAGCUGAAUGUUGAAGAGGUUGUUAAUGACAGGAGUCUGAAGGUGUUCAGUGAGCGGUGCCGGAUCCACUAUCCCACCCCUACGGUCAAGUGACUGUCUGAGCUGAUCUGACCCACUAUCCCCCCCCACGGUCAAGUGACUGUCUGAGCUGCUCUGGUGAGAAUAACUGCAGGUCCAGGCGGCUGCACCAGAACCAGAACCAGACUGAGUCAUACAUGGACCUGACGGAUCCCUGCCCUCCAGACGACCACACUGUUAUUGCGCAUGGUGACUGCUGCAUUGUGUUGCCACCACCUCUAAGACCACCUGCUGGGGGGUAGGGUUGCCACCACCUCUGUCAAGCAAUCUGCUCUGUGUUUAUUUUCAUGGCUGUAAAAAACAAUAAAGUGUUUUUCCAAUA